AAUUCUUUUUGGUUAAUUGAUUUCUUUCAUUGACUGGGAAGUUUAAUUUAUUAAUCAGUUGUCUUCCUUCAAUUUGUGUUGCCAUAUUUACCUAGAUAAAUUUACUCUUUGCUCAAUUAAAACCGUUUAAUAUUCAUUCAAAAUGGGUUUCACAUUUGCGGCCUUUUCUUAUGUAUUUGCCUUAAUUUUGGACGCUUUCCUUAUAUUUUUUGCCGUUUUCCAUGUAAUAGCCUUUGAUGAACUGAAAACCGACUUUAAGAAUCCAAUUGAUCAAUGUAAUACUCUAAACCCCUUGGUGUUACCAGAAUAUAUAAUUCACAUAACAUUCAAUGUGCUUUUCUUAUUCGCUGGUGAAUGGUUUACAGUUUUACUUAACAUACCUUUAAUAUCCUACCAUGUUUACAGAUACAUACAUAGACCAGCAGGUAUGAGUGGCCCUGGUCUUUAUGAUCCAACCACCAUCAUGAAUGCUGAUCAAAUGAGCCGAGCAACGAAAGAGGGAUGGUUUAAAUUAGCUUAUUACCUUUUAUCCUUCUUCUAUUACCUUUAUGGAAUGAUUUCAUCGUUGAUUGCUGUUUGAUCGAGAUGUUUUCCUAAAUUCCACAUGAUCGAAAUCAAUUUUUUUCACCUCUCCACAAUUAAAACCAAAAAUCCUAAAUCACAACAAAAAUGGCUGAUAAUCAACAACCAGCAAUUUAUAUAUAAAUAUAAAAGGAUGAUUUAAUUAACUCUUCUCGCUCCUCCCUCUGUGUGUGUUUGUGUCAAUUUUUCGGGAAUUCUCAAUGUGUCACCAUUUUUCAAAUUAUCGAAGACAAAUUUCCAGCAAAGGACAAUCAAUUUACACAGAUCUCAAAUCUAUCAACAUCAAUUUUUUUUGUAUACACAAUCAACAGUGUUUAACAUUUUACACUUUCAAAGAUGAUAAUCAAUUUCUGAGUCAUUCAGGGUUCAGAAUAAUCAAUUAAUAUUUAAAAUUCUUGUAUUGCUUAUCUAACCAACAUCAUUCACACUCUACUGUUCAUUUGAAUUCUGAGCAUUUUGAGAAAUGAGAUAAAAAAGAUGAUAGAAUAUCAAUCGGCCGUAUCCAUUUGAUCAUCAAUUUUUAUUCUCCUUUAUAAAUUUUCUCAAUUAAUUCGAGAAAAAUAUUAAUAAACUUGAUUAUAUUUCGGGG